GAGCCAAGACCACAGCUGACAUACACAAGAAACAUCCGACAGUUUACAAAUGUUUGAUUAUUAAAAACAACGCAUUUUCGCAAUAAUAAGACAUAUUGUCCAACAUUCAGGUAUUAGCCGGAUUAAUGAGGGGCGUGAUCAGUUCGCACGCGCUGUGUGUAGCAGACAGGAGGAUGCGCGGCUGAGGACUGAAGAUCCGCAUCCCGACCAGCGCGCCGAUAGACAAUCAAAGCCACGAUGGAGGGGCGAGACGAGUUUUUAUGCGGGAUUGUUGAGGGCUUUUACGGGAGGCCCUGGUCAAUGGAGCAAAGGAAGGCUCUAUUUCAGUGGAUGCAAAUGUGGGGUUUGAACACGUAUCUGUAUGGUCCUAAAGAUGAUCUGAAGCACAGGUUACUAUGGAGAGAGGUGUAUUCAGCAGACGAAGAGGCUCAGUUGAAAGCUCUGGUUUGUGAAGCAGAGUCGAGGGGACUGAGGUUUGUAUAUGCUCUUUCCCCUGGUCAAGACAUCGUCUUUUCCAGCUCUUGUGACCUCACACUGCUCAAACGCAAACUUAGACAGGUGGCAGACCUGGGGUGUCAGGCCUUUGCCCUCCUUUUUGAUGACAUUGAUCACUCCAUGAGCCAGUCUGAUACUGAAGCCUUUUCCUCAUUUGCUCACGCCCAGGUCUCCGUGGCCAAUGAGAUCUUCCAUUUCUUGGGGGAGCCACCGGUCUUCCUUUUCUGUCCAACUGAGUACUGUAGUUCUCUCUGCACUCCUAGUGUCUCAAAGUCUCCAUACCUUCUGAUGAUUGGAGAGGACCUACUCCCUGGCAUCUCCAUCAUCUGGACCGGAAAUAAAGUGAUAUCACGGGAACUGAGUGCUGAUUCAUUAGCUGAGGUCCAAUCUGUGCUUCGACGGCCUCCCCUCGUUUGGGACAACCUCCAUGCCAAUGAUUAUGACACCCGACGUGUCUUCCUGGGGCCUUUUAAGGGUCGCCCCCCUGGACUAAGGGCCCAUCUGAGGGGUCUGCUGCUAAAUCCGAACUGCGAGUUUGAAGCCAACUUCAUCCCUCUGCACACCUUGGGGAGCUGGCAUAAAGAAGGAAAAGAAGAGGGGAAAGGUGAUGAAGAGGCCUACAGUGUGGAGAGAGCUCUCUCAGCUGCUCUACAAGACUGGAUGAAAGAACUCAGCCUUCCCCUGCAGCCUGGACGUCAAGAGAGGCCGGUCGAUCUCAAGCCCUUAAGACCUAUUAAAUCAAAGUCAUCCGAUAGCUCAGACAAUCAACAUGGAGCCCAGCCCAAAUCUCCAAUAACUUCCUCCCAGAGCUCAGGGGCCCUUGCUUGCGAUGAGAUCCCAGCGGACCCUGUUACGAGUCAAGAUCUGAAAUCUGUGGAGAACCAGGUCUCCAGCAGCUCCAGCCAUGAAAAGACCUCAAGUAGGGGAUUGUGUUCUGGGAGGUCUCCUCUAAGUGAGGCCCAGGUCCAGCUGCUGGUUGGCCUGUACUAUCUGCCGCAUGAACAUGGGCCACCUGCUCAGAGUCUGCUGAAGGACCUGACGUGGCUUAAAGCCAACUGUCACUGGGUCAGUGUGAACGGAAACGGCAAGAAGGUCUCACCACAGAAGGUAGAGGAAUGGCGUGCCCGUGCUGGCCGGUUCCUGGCUGCAUGUGAUGAUGUGGCUUCACUGCACAGUGCUAUGGUCAACAGCAGUAAUAGGGCUGUUCUCUAUGACCUUUACCCUUACAUCUGGGACCUAAGAAACACCCUGCUGGUGGCAAAAGCUUUCAUCUGCUGGUUGGAGGGUCGUAUUAUGAGUGAAAGUUCUCCAUUAGGCUCCUGGAAGAACUGCUUCCACUGGUGUGGAGCCUCUUCAGGGGCGGAGCUUCUUGGUGUGGAGGCGGAGCCAUGGGUAUUUAAAGGAGGACUGUCAGGAGAGGUGCAGAUACUUUUGCCUGUGGGGACCAGCAGUGAGUUAUUCAGUCACCCACCCCCUCUUUUUCCCACUUGUCGACUUUUCAACAUAAGGCCAUUCCAGCAAAAAGACAAGGUGGAGCUGUACCGAAUGGUGCGUCAGUUGCACCAGGGGGGUAGAGGGGGCCCGGAUGCUGCCAUCUCCCAUCCAGACUUUAUUGGGGACAGGUGUCUGGGUGCAUCUCUGGCCUUGUGCCCAGAGUACAGCUUAGUUCUGGAGGAUGAACUUGGUGUGUGUGGGUGUGCGGUUGGCAUUCUUGAUGUUAGCUCCUUUUCCAAACGAUGCCAGGCCACCUGGCUGCCCGCUAUGAGGGACAAAUAUCCUUCACGCUCCCACGGAGCCAAUGGGCAUACUGCAACAAAGGAGGCACUGCUGUAUUUCCAUGAAGAACAGGACUACCCAGACUCCUUGCUGUAUCAUUUCCCAUCUCAGCUCAGACUGGAGGCUCUUCCUGAGCUGGUGGACUGCAGCGUUAGUCGAAGCCUCCUGACCGCCCUGCUGAUGGCAUUAAAAGCUAAUGGUUCACAAGGCGUAUUCUGCGAGGUCCAGCCCACAGAUGGCUUACGGAUAGAAUUUAUGUCAAAACUUGGAUUUCUGGAGAUCCUUAGGGGAGAAGCACGGCCUACAGAGGGUGUGGUUCUGGGGAGGCUGUUAUAAAUGAAUACCCAAAACACACAAGAACAAAUGGCAAAAAUAAAAUCUGGGGUUAGCGUUAUGAUCAGGAAUAAGGCUGGGUUUAGGAUGUGCUUACUAUAGCUAAAAGUCUAUUCACAAGUCCAUAUUUUGGGCAUGAAAAUAUGCAUGACAAUAUUUUAACAUGAAACAAUGCGUCUCUAUUAAGUCCUUCAUAUGAGUCUGAAAUAUGGAAAAGAUUUGCCAUUUUAUUGAAUGCUAGGUCAAUUUUUUCAGUUGAUUGGGUGAACAACAUUGGCAUCGGACAGAGAGUGAAUCGUUGUGAUGCGAAAUAUUGUUAAUAUUUUCUACUUACAUGCUAUUGGACCUGGUGUGAACAGGCCUUCGGGCUACUUGGACAGAGUUGCGGCUCAGAUUAAAGGGAUAGUUCUCCCAAAAAUGAAACUUCUCUCAUCAUUUACUCACCUUAAUGCCAUCCCAGAUGUGUAUGACUUACUUUCUUCGGCAGAAUUCUGAAAUUGAAGAUUCACACUAGUGGCUGCAUGACCUCGACCUUUGUGAGUGCACACACCACAGCUGGCCUGAAGUGAACAUUUAUAGUACAAAAAAGUUUUAAAUAUUGAUCUAUUUCUUACACACACCUAGCAUUUCACUUAAUAAUACAACAUUUAAUGCACUGGAGUCAUAUGGAUAACGUUAAUGAUGCCUUGGUAUGCUUUUCGGAGCUUCGAGAUUUUGCAUCUACUGAGAUUAAAUAUUCUUCCAAAAAAUCUUGAUUUGUGUUCUGUUAAAGAAAGAAAUGCAUAUACAUCAAGGAUGGCAUGAGGGAGAGUAAAUGAUGAGAGAAUUUUCAUUUUUUGGACUAGUGUGAACUAAUCGUUUAAACACACUGGACAAAAUGAGCACUAAACAGUGAUCUCUUGUUUACAGCUUUAUCUUCUCUAAUCCUCAUUGUGUUUGCUUUCUCACUGCACUGUGCUUAUGGAGCUCUCCUAUUGGUUCAGAGAAACCUUUGGCUCUGCCUUUGGGGUGAUAAAAACUUUAUUGAAAGUGUCUUUGUUGCAGCUGUGAAUGGCUGGAGGAGCCAAAAGCACAACAUUUCUCUUUUGUAUUCAGCACAGACACAUAUUAUCUUCCCUCCAGCCUGUCAUGGACAGUCGCAAAGCAGAUAUAAAGACUCUUGCAGACAUGUGUAAUAACUCCUCCAAUGUACCCAGUGGGCCCUGACCUCCACUCCUACAUUGAUGCAUCCAACAGAGCUUUUUAAUAGCGCUUCCUUCUAAUAAAAACAUACUCACACACUCACUCACUCACACACACACACACACACACACACACACACACACACACACACACACACACACACACACACACACACACACACACGUUGGUGCGGCUAUACUUAUGAGGACUCUCCAUAGACACAAUGAUUUUUACAUUUUCAAAAAAACAUAGUUUAGUAUGAUUUUAAGGUGAUUUGAACUAUGGGGACACUACAAAUGUCCUCAUUAUUCACAUUUAUCACAAUACCCUUGUAAUUACCAGUUUGUAUCUUAAAAUAAUUUCCUCAUAAACCACCCAAAUCCACCCACACACACACUUUAUGCACGUCUACACAUUCAAUAAUAUGCCUUCUGAUCUUUAACCAACAGCCUUAUUUAAUGGCCAUGGCAAUCAAAAAGAAUUUUUUAUUAAUACUUCCUAUUUGCACCAUUGAUGAAGUUUUAUUUGAGUGUUUUUGCUAUAGUUUUUGUGCUUUGGUACACUUGCAAAAGACUUUUAUUUUGCAUGUUAACAUAUUUUGAGUCAUCCAUUUUAAGAGCAUGUUUUAAUGUUGAAUUUGUAAUAUUUACUUUGAAAAGCCUCAGCCUAGUUUAGUAAUUCUUUGCAUUGAAUGUUUUUAAGGAUUAUGGUACAGUGAAACUGAAGCUUUUUUGUAAUAAUGGAAUGAAAAGUUUUAGCAGCAUCAGUAAAAUCUCUCAUUUCUCACAAACUAUCUCUUCUUGUGUUGUG